AGAGCUUGCAUUUGUCGUUUUAGGAGAAUGUAUUUACCGGGCAAUCAAAGAUCUAUUCCUACAUGAGCCCCAACAAAUGCUCUGGAAUGCGUUCCCCCCUUCAGGAAGAGAACUCAGUUGCACAUCACGAAGUCAAAUGCCAGGGGAAGCCAUUAGCUGGCCUCUACAGGAAACGAGAAGAGAAAAGGAACGGUGGGAACGCAAUCCGAAGCACCAUGAAGCCCGAGGAACAGAAGAUCAAAGACGCCGGGAGAGGUCCCCUGGCACCUUGUCCAAACCAAAAAUCUGAAGCAGCAGAACCUCCAAAAACUCCGACCUCGUCUGGUGACCCUCCCGUCGCAGCCAUCACCAAGCAGGCCCUGAAAAAGCCUGUCAAGGGCAAACAGGCGCCGCGGAAGAAAGCUCAAGGGAAAACACAGCAGAACCGCAAACUCACGGAUUUCUACCCCGUGCGCAGGAGCUCCAGGAAGAGCAAGGCCGAGCUGCAGUCUGAAGAGAGGAAAAGAAUAGAUGAGCUGAUUGAGAGUGGGAAGGAAGAAGGAAUGAAGAUCGACCUCAUCGACGGCAAGGGUAGGGGCGUGAUCGCCACCAAGCAGUUCUCCCGGGGCGAGUUCGUGGUCGAGUACCACGGGGACCUCAUCGAGAUCACCGACGCCAAGAAGCGGGAGGCUCUGUACGCACAGGACCCCUCCACGGGCUGCUACAUGUACUAUUUUCAGUAUCUGAGCAAAACCUACUGCGUGGAUGCGACCAGGGAGACGAAUCGCCUGGGGAGACUGAUCAAUCACAGCAAGUGCGGGAACUGCCAGACCAAACUGCACGACAUCGACGGCGUGCCUCACCUCAUCCUCAUCGCCUCCCGCGACAUCAAGGCCGGGGAGGAGCUCCUCUAUGACUACGGGGACCGCAGCCGCGCCUCCAUCGAGGCCUACCCCUGGCUGAAGCAUUGACCGCCGCGCCCUCCUGCGCCCCUUCCAUGGACAAAGUGCCCUCAAAGGGAAUUGAUUUUUUUUUUACACACUUAAAUCUUAGCAGAUUACUUCAGAUGUUUUUAAAAAGUAUAUUAAGAUGCCUUUUCACUGUAGUAUUUAAAUAUCUGUUACAGGUUUCCAAGGUGGACUUGAACAGAUGGCCUUAUAUUACCAAAACUUUUAUAUUCUAGUUGUUUUUGUACCUUUUUUGCAUACAAGUCAAACGUUUGUGCUUCCCGUGCAUGCAGUCAAAGACGCAGCACAGGCUUUAGAAAGAGUGAACAUGAACUAGGAGGCCGGGCGACCCUCCUGCCUCCAGCCGUAGCGCCAGGACCCUCUUCCCCACGCGCCCCCGACGGCCCAGACGGGGUGCGCCCAAGCUCUUGUUUCCCUGCCGUCUGGGCAGGCGCACAAGGAAGUGUAUGAAUAUUUUUUAACAAAGGUUUUGCAGUAAGCUAGUCUUCCCCUCCGCUUUCUCGAAAGCUUACUGACCCGGUGGCCCCUUCGCGGCUCCCUCUUCCGCAGGCCGCCGCUCCUUGGGGCGGCGCCACGCCGCAGGCCGGGUAGGCAGAGCCGCCGUGGGCAGAGAGGCAGUGCUCGCCCAGGCCUGCCGCGGCCGGCGUUCCCAAAACUGGGUUAAUUCUUUAUAGAAAUGUGAACACUGAGUUUAUUUUAAAAAAAUAAUAAAAAUUUAAAAAUUUAAAAAGACAAAAAAAAGAAAGAAAACCACAGUAAACAACUUAACAUGUAUAUAAGUCUUGAAGUGAGUGGAGUGGCUGCAAUUUUUUUUCCCUUCUUUCUUUUUCUUUCUCUCUUUCCUUUUUUUUUUUUUUUUUUUUUGGUAGAAGAGAUUUGAGAUGGUACUCUAUUCUAAUCAACAUAACAGUUUUGUAGUGGGACCAGAAAUUACUUACCCAAUAUCCUGCCCGCCCUCCCCCGACCCACCCUCUCAAACCCUGACCCAAUUCCAAAGGGUUGAAAGUUCCAGACCUGUUGUCGGGCUUUCUGUUUGUCAGACCACCUGGUGUCCUUCUUGCAAAACUGAAGAUGCAGCCAUGAACCGAAGGGGGGCCCUGCUGGCCCUGAAAUGUGUGGCCCCCGACCCAGCCGCUGGUGCAGAGGGAUGGGCAGGCCCGACAGCCCAGGGAUCAAGGCGAAGGGUAAAGUUUUCACCUUGACUGUGAUGCAGGAGGGGUAGGUAGCUUCCUUCUCCCUCCUGAAGCGAGACUGUGGCCCUGGAGCCAUGACCUGGGGUCUCCGGGCCUCCCCCGGUCCCGGGUAAAUGUGAAUGGAGACAGGAAGGAAAGCCUGUCCUCAGCCUGGAUGGCCCCCCCCCCCCCCCCCCCCCCCCCCCCCCCCCCCCCCCGCCCCCAGGCCUCACCGCGGUGCUACCUACGGAGUCUUCCCGCCCCCACGCCCACCUUGCCUGGUCAGUGGUCAGAGUUGGAGGAGGAUCCGACAGAGUGUAAAUGUGAGAUAAAAUGUCUCGGUUGUACCUGUUUGUGGUUUAGCUUUGUAUUUAAAAAAAAAAGGAAAUAACUUGAAAAUUAUUUGUCA